UGCUCUGAGAGUGCUGGAGCCAAACUCACUGCUGUCUGACUGCCACGUGGCCUGUUAUUUAUCCUUGUGAAACAGCGGAAUUGUUUGAAAGGGGAGAAGGGACGGCAACAACGUCAAGGUAGCAUUAGAGUCUAGGGCUUAAGACACUGGUUUAAUGGUGAAGAUCAAAGCCUGUCGCGGUCAAAGAGAUUCAGGGAAGAGGGGGACCCCAUCACAAAGUGCAGUACCGUUUCCAAGAGCAGCCAGAUGGAGGAGAAGCCGUCCACCAGGAAAGGUCCGGGUUUCUGCUCCCUGCGCUACGGGCUGGCUGUCAUCAUGCACUUCUCAAACUUCACCCUGGUGACGCAGCGCGUGAGCCUCAGCAUCGCCGUCAUCGCCAUGGUGAACGGGACCCGGCACACAGCUCUGUCCAACGUCUCCGCAGCGGAACCUGCGGCUGACGCCCUUGAGGACCCCGGCAGACCCAUCCAGGAGUUCAACACAAGGACCUCCGUGUACACGUGGAGCCCAGAGACGCAGGGUGUCAUCUUCAGCUCCAUCAGCUAUGGCAUAAUACUGACUCUCAUCCCAAGCGGGUACUUAGCGGACAUAUUCGGCGCGAAGCAGAUGCUGGGGGCCGGUCUGCUGACGUCCUCCCUCCUCACGCUCUUCACACCCCUGGCUGCUGACCUUGGAGUGACCCUGCUCGUUGCCAUCCGGACACUCCAAGGCGUGGCCCAGGGAAUGGCGUGGACAGGUCAGUUUACAAUCUGGGCCAAAUGGGCCCCCCCACUGGAACGAAGCAAGCUCACCAGCGUUGCGGGGUCAGGGGCAGCGUUUGGGUCCUUCAUCAUCCUCUGUGUCGGGGGACUCAUCUCCCAGGCCUUGGGCUGGCCUUUCAUCUUCUACAUCUUCGGUGGCAUCGGCUGUGUCUGCUGCCUGCUGUGGUUCACUGUGAUUUAUGACGACCCCAGGCAUCACCCAUGCAUAAGUGUCAGGGAAAAGGAAUACAUCGUGUCCUCGCUCGCUCAGCAGCCCACGUCUCCUAGACGAUCUGUCCCCAUAAAGGCUAUGGUCAGAUGCCUACCACUCUGGGCCAUUUUCACGGGGUUUUUCAGCCAUUUCUGGUUAUGCACCAUCAUCAUAACGUACCUGCCGACGUACAUCAGUUCUGUGCUCCAUGUUAGCAUCAGAGAUAGCGGCCUUCUGUCCUCCCUGCCUUUUGUUGCCGCCGCAAGUUGUACGAUUCUGGGAGGUCAGUUGGCAGAUUUCCUGCUGUCCAGGAAUCUUCUCCGAUUAAUCACCGUUAGGAAACUUUUCUCGUCCCUCGGGCUGCUCCUCCCGUCACUCUGUGCCGUGGCCCUGCCUUUCGUGGCUUCCAGUCACGUGACCACCGUUAUCCUGCUCAUACUCAUUCCUGGGACCAGCAACCUGUGUGACUCGGGGUUCAUCAUCAACACCUUAGAUGUUGCCCCCAGAUACGCAAGCUUCCUCAUGGGGAUCUCCCGGGGAUUCGGGCUCAUGGCUGGCAUCAUCUCCUCCACGGCCACCGGCUUCCUCAUCAGUCAGGAUUCUAUGUCUGGCUGGAGGAACGUCUUUUUCCUGUCUGCUGCUGUCAACAUGUUUGGCCUGGUUUUUUACCUCACGUUUGGGCAAGCAGAAAUCCAGGACUGGGCCAAAGAGCGGACCCUCACCCGCCUCUGAGGACGCAGAGCUGCAGACUUAAAUGGAGACCCGACCACUAACUUUUCAGCAUUUUUUACUUGUUGUUCUUUCUUCAUAGUCUGCACCACAGGCUAAGCAGGUCUCCACUACAGUGUGUGUUAGACUUUCCUGGGAAAUCUCUAAAGCAAACGGACUCAUGGGCCCCAGAGAUUCUGAAUGAACUGGUGUGGGGUGGCUCCCAGACACCACCAGUGGUCAGACACGUCCCAAGGUUUCUAACAAACAGCCACGGGUGACCACUGCUGGACAAGCAUGAAACACCAAUUCCCGUUGCCUUUGAGUUUUCCUCUUUGGAAAGUGCUGGAUGAAUAAAAAUCUAUAUGAGGAUCAUCACGGAGAAGUACCUUCGAGGGGCGAUUAUAAACCCAGAGACGAUGUGCUGGGAACUGCAAGCCUGUGUUAGAGAGCUCAGCACAGAAUUUCAAAGCUGUAAUCCACACAAUUAACAUUUUUAUUAUUUUUUUAUACAUUGUGAAACUUGGAUGUUUAUUUAUGUGGGUGAAAUUCUAUUAAA